AAAAAAAUUGAAAAAAAGAAAAGGAGAAAAAAGCCUGCCGAGUUAAGUCAAUCUUAGGCUGCUGUUCUUACCUACACCUGGUGAACUCAAAGUCUCCCUCCCAUCUGGGGCGUAGGUAAAACCCUCCUUCACACCCAGAUCGACUCCAACAGCGCCAGGGGGCGGUCUGCUAGAGGGGCGAGACAUGAAGCGUAGGACCGCAGGAUUCGUCCGGCGCCAGGGGCGAGACAGGCAUGUAGUCGUCGGACACCGCCCGCACCGCCCGCCUCGAGCCUCUGUGCGGCGGCGUGCUGACCGUGGUGUUUACCCUCAGCUUACCGGGACCACCACCACCACGACGCUGGGCACGCUUUGGGUUGUAGGACGGCGGCGGCAUCGCCGCGGCGGAAAAGGCAUACGUGUUCCCACCGCUCGGCCUGGUGUCCAUCAUCUGUGCCGUUCGUGGAGCACGAUAUUGCUGCUGCCGGUGCUGGGCAACCGCGUUCGUCCUGUCUGGACCAGCAGCCCCUCUCUUAGGAUGAGCUGUUCGCUGCUGUGUAGUCUGCCUGCCGUCCUUGUUGACCCCGUUGCGUCCAGAGAGGCCAGGGGUGUGUUGGCGCGCGGGCCUGGCCAGGAGAGGCGUCGAGUGACUAGUAGUACUGGUGUCCUUGGGUUUGCCACCACCGCAGCAGAGACUGAGAAAAGUGCAGGAAGCGCUGCUCUUCUGUCGGGCGGGCCUGUGCCUCUCGUCCAUUUGAUGGAUGUUGUGCUCUUGUCGUCGUGACUUUGAGAGUAUCUUAUAUAAGUAUAGGUAGUGCAAAGUGUCUCCGUGGACUGGAAUUAGGGAGAUUAAGUUGGCU